UGCACCAAUCCUUCAGUUCGUAGGGAGUGGAGGAAGAUGAGCACCAAGGAGAAAUCCGAUUGGAUCUCGGCCGUCAAGGCAAGUUGUCUCUCUCACUUGCCCCACGACCCAAAUCUGACGCCCUCGGUGAACGUAUCUCUUUCUCAAAUCCAACCCGUCAACGCGUCGGGAUCUUACUAUGAUGACUUCGUCUACAUGCACAUGGACUUGAACGUCGUGAUCCAUUUUACCGGUCUCUUCCUCCCAUGGCACAGGUGGUAUGUAGCCGUAUACGAGUCGGCGCUCAAAGAACGAUGCGGCUACACCGGGUCCUCGCCGUACUGGGACUGGAGCUUAGACGCCCCCGACUUCUUCAACUCCGAUUUUUGGAAGGACAACGACACCGAGAGCGGCCUGGGAGGCUGGGGCGACCCCGAGAACGACUACCAGGUUCCUAAAGGCGGCUUCAGCGACCUGCACCUCUCGUACCCCAUCCCGCAUACCCUCCGCCGCAACUUCACGCUGCAACCCUUCCUCCACUCGACGCCGACGAGCUUCUUCGACGAGCCUACCGAGCUGGCCAACACCUCGUUCACAAAAUCGGAAGUCUCGAAGCUGGUGAACGGCUUCGUCGGGGAUUACAAGGGAUUCCAGGCGUACUUCGAGUCGUUCGAGGGCGCGCACAGCUCUGUCCACGAGAUAAUGGGAGGCGACUUAGGUGGCCAAUGCCCCAAAAAUUCGCCGGCCAACUGCACCGCAGGGCCCACCUGGUCACCCAACGAGCCGUUGUUCUGGAUGCACCAUGCUAUGGUCGAUAAAGUGUGGUAUGACUGGCAGCACAAGAACCGGUCGAACUUCUGGGCUUUCGAAGGAGGCUCUGUCCAGGCGUUCGACAAUCGGACAUACUACGACGAGUACCCCAACGGUGCAGGGCCUGCCCUGAGCCUGAACUCGACCAUGCCCGCUGACGGGUUGUUUGACCAGGUCACUGUCUACGACGUGUUCGAUACGACUAGCGGUAUGCUGUGCUACGUCUACGAUUCGUGAUUAGGGUCUUAAAUAUUUAUUUCUAUAAUACUCC